AUGACAUUCCUCGAUUUAUAUGACGGGCAGCCACCUCCGGACUUAUUGGAACUCGAAUCCAUCCAGAUUGCCCUAGCAGGUGACACGAUCGCUCGAUGUCGCGAUAUUGGUUGGGAUUUUUCUGCUUUCUUCAGGGCCGUAUGGGCCAUCAUACUUUAUCGGCACACCGAAUCGCACCAUGUUACAUUUGCUACCUACACCGGCGAUACAAGAGACAGACCCUAUAACGGUGAUCUGAGGCAAUGUGAUCUCUCUGUCGAGCCCGAAACGUCCAUUGAUGGCCUAUUGGCCAGCCCACCACCUUUGAAUCCCCCGGAAAAUGGAGCCUCUGGGCGAGGAGACUACAACACCGCGGUGAUCAUCGAAGAAAAUGACAUCGACGGAGGGAAGGAGUCACAUUGCGUGGAAUCUCUUUCACGGCAUUUCCAGAUUGUUCUCUUGGUGCAGAAUACAGAGGUCCCCAGGUUAUGGCUCAUGCACAGACUUUCCAGUUGCUGGGACGCAGAAAACCUCGCAUCGGUUAUUGAACAAGCAGCCUCAGAGGUUUCUAGGAAUCCGCAGCACGUCAAGGAUCUGAACCUCUUUAGUGACCAUAACCGUCAGCAAGUGGUGAAAUGGAACGAAAGGGACCGGCGCUGUACAAAAUUCAUCCCGAUCACUGAUAUCAUACGCCAGCAUGCGGUGCAAAGACCAAACCACAAAGCCAUAUGUGCAUGGGAUGGAACACUGACGUACUUGGAGCUCGAUGUGCUCACAACCAAGCUGGCUUAUUACCUGCGACACAUUGGCGUCCAGGAAGGCUCCAUGGUAUUACUCGCUUUUGAGAAAUCCAUGUGGGCUGUCGUUGCCCUUCUAUCUGUCCUUAAGGCCGGCGGGACAUUCGUCCCUGUCAGCCCUUCCUACCCACCGUCCCGAUUGAAGGUCAUUAUCGACGCCACCAGGUCCAGUAUUAUGCUGACCUCGAAGGAAUUGGCGCCGGGAUUACAGAGCCCCGGCGUUCAGGUUAUAACAUUCGACGAUUCGCUCCUCGACCACCUACCGACGGAAAGAUCCGUAUGCAGCCUGGCUAAGCAGGACCCACAGCGUCCUGCCUAUGUGCUUUUCACCUCUGGCAGCACAGGCACCCCGAAAGGCUGUGUCCUCCACCACGAGGCCCUUUCUACUUUGGCUAGCCAGGGUUCACCAUUGUACCUUCAUUCGUCGAGCCGCGUUCUCCAAUUUGUUCCAGCCAUCUUCGCGGCAUCAUCGAUUGACACAUAUCUCCCCCUCUUAGUCGGCGCAACCAUCUGUAUUGGUUCGCAGCACGAUCUCAUCAACGACAUAGCCUCUGUGAUGAAGCAAUACCGUGUGACCUGGGCAAGCAUGACCCCCUCAGCCAUCAGUACUGUUGAGCCUGCUCAGUUGGACGGACUGGAAACCCUCGUACUUGCCGGCGAACCUGUGGGGGAACACACUCGGAAUCUAUGGGCGAACUCAGUCCGUCUUCUAUCAGGAUACGGAUUAUCCGAGAUCGUCGGCGCAGGAGCUAUUUCUACUCUAGAACUAGGACGCCACCCGCGUAACAUUGGUGUGUCCCCGACCUCCAGGAUCUGGGUAGCUGAUCCGGCGAAUAUACAGAGGCUUGCACCCGUUGGCGGAGUAGGUGAGAUGCUGAUCGACGGACCAAACAUCGGCCAGGGCUAUUUGGACGAUCCGGACAAGACCACCCGAGCCUUUGUCCAACCUCCGGAGUGGAUCCAUGAUUUUUACCCAGAGGGUGCGCCGCAUCGCAUACUCCGGACUGGCGAUCUCGUUCGGUACCAAUCGGACGGUUCAUUGGUGUAUAUCGGUCGCAAAGACACACAGGUCAAGAUUCGUGGCAAGAGAGUCGAACUGGGAGAAAUCGAGGCCCAGAUUCGACUCCGGCAAUCGCCCAUGGAUGUCGUGAUAGUCGAGGCAGCUGCACCACUAGACGCCGAUUCUGUGGUGCUUGUUGCGUUUAUCCGGUCCACACAGAGCGGAGCGUCAUCAACCACAUCCGGGCUUAUUGGCGAGGCCAGUCCCCAAUUCCAAGGCGAUGUUGCAAAUCUGGAUUCGACCAUUCGGACUGUCCUUCCUGAUCAUAUGAUCCCCAGUUUCUAUCUUCCACUCGCUCGCAUCCCUAAGACAGCCACUGGGAAAAUGGACCGCCGUGCCUUACGAUCGGAGAUCCAAGGCCUGACAUUACAGCAGUUGGAGGGCUUGACCUCAGACGUUCGGUGUAUUGUUCAGCCGCGAAAUGACGUGGAACGAGUACUCCAUGGCUUGUUUGCGAAGGUCAUCGGCCGCGAUCCCCAGUCAUUCGGUAUCGAUCAAAAGUUCGUGCGGCUAGGGGGUGACUCCAUCAAGGCGAUGACCUUGGUUCGCCUCUGCAGAGAGGAGAGCCUGUCACUUGCCGUCUCGGACAUUCUAGAUCAAGGAACAGUCGGCCAUUUGGCCACAAUAGCCUGCCAGUCCGCUUCGUCGGAUGAGAACAAUAGCACCAUGCAACAUCAGCAGAUGCCUCGCCAGGAGGUGAUGACACAAUUGCAGAACAUGGGCAUUUCUGAAGACUCCGUGGAGGAGAUCAGCCUAUGCUCUCCAAUCCAGGAAGGCAUUCUGAUAAGUCAGUUGAGAAACCCAGACAAAUAUGCAUUGCGCUUGUUAUUUGAAGUCAGGCCCCCUAAGGGUGAGCAGUCAGUAAGUGUUAGUCGACUACAAGAGGCAUGGGCUCGAUUGAUACAGCAUCACCACAUGCUGCGCACCAUGUUCGUUAGUCAUGUGAGUCCAUCUGUGCACAUCGUGCAGGUCCGAUUGAAGGAAGGGUCUCUGCCAUCUCUCCGGUCCAUCCCUAACGAUAAAACACCUGAGCAACUACUAGCCCUGGACCAGACUAUUCAGCUCUAUAACACACUGCCUCUGUUGACGCUGUACUCAACACUUAACGGUCGAGUAUUAGUUAGAAUGGAACUUACCCACGCUGUGGUUGAUGGCAUGUCAAUGGCCAUCGUCGUUCGUGAUUUCUGCAAAAUGUACAACAGCCCGACGGGUUCGCCCUCGACGUUUCAGUACCCGAACUACGACGAAGACAAUCUAUCCUACUUCAAAUCAGUCCCCGUGGACGCAGGCCAUAUGGCGGAUUAUAGACGAUUUUCCACGGAGACGGGCAUAACGACGGCAAGUGUCGUCAAGCUGGCAUGGGCCCUGACCCUUCGCGCCUUCUGCAACACAAACGAUGUGUGCUUUGGGUAUCUAGCAUCUGCACGCGAUGCUCCACUUGAGGGUAUAGUCGAUGGCGUUGGACCAUUGAUUAACAUCAUGAUGUGUCGCGUGAAUAUGUCCCAGGACGGCAAGGUCAUGGAUAUGUUGCGUUCGGUGCAAGCCGACUUUGUGCGCAGCCUGCCUCACAAAACGGCGGCCUUAGGUGAUAUAAGGCGUGCGAUCGGCGUUGCCAGCGACGAAGUCUUGUUCAACACAUGCAUUAGCCAGUUUCCUGUCACCAGCUCUGACACAGACGACUCAAUCUCAAUGAUGGAGAUCCUGCGCCAUGACCCGACUGAAUUUGACGUCAACCUUGAAGUCAUGGUAUUUGAGGACGAACUACGACCGACGCUCAAGGCGUAUACUACGUUAGUGCCGACAGAGAAACUGAAACAUCUGGCUGCGGUCUUCGGCCAUGCCAUGCGAACCAUCAUUCGGCAGUCGAAUCAUGAGAUCAACCAGUUGGAUUUGCUGCCGCCGCAGGACCUAUUGACAAUCAGCCGCUGGAACCAGGACAGCCCUCAGCCCGUUGACAGCUGCGUUCACACAUUAAUCUGGAAGCAUUGUGAGGAGCAACCCACCGCGACAGCCGUAUGCGCCUGGGAUGGGGACUGGACCUAUGAGGGGCUUGACCGGAUGUCGUCUGCGUUAUCUCAGAAGCUCAUCCUUACCGGCGUCAAACCUGAAGCAUUCGUGCCUAUCUUGAUGGAGAAAAGUCGAUGGGUUCCUGUGGCCAUGAUGUCGAUCUUGAAAGCUGGAGCUGCAUUUGUUCUCCUCGAGCCCUCCCAGCCCUUGAAGCGACUAGAGGAUAUAUGUGACGACAUUCGUCCUGGGGUUAUCCUCACAUCAAUGGAGUGCCAACCCGCUGCCUCUACCCUCUGCCCCGAAGUCAUCGUAUUAGGCAACACGAACGCGCAUUCACUUGCAGCACAAGCCAAACACCUUCAGGACGCUAUGCCAGUCACAGUCUUGCCCCGUAACGCUGCUUACGCAGUCUUCACAUCCGGUUCAACCGGGAAGCCCAAGGGCGUGGUGAUCGAGCACCGAUCCCUGGCAACAAGUGCACUUGCGAUGAUGCGGGCCUCUCCACUCAACCGGAGCACUCGCCUGUUAGAGUAUGCCUCAUUUGCAUUCGACGUCAGUAUUUUGGAUUUGAUGGUUACUCUUAUUGCGGGUGGUUGUCUGUGUGUUCCCUCGGCGGAUGCAAGAGAGAAUCGUUUGCUCGAGUCCAUCAACGAAUUCGAGGCCAACUACAUCGCUCUUACUCCAACUGUUGCAAGAACUCUGCAGCCAGAACGUCUCAUUACCCUCAGGACCCUGAAAGUUAGCGGGGAGGCCUUACUGUCAUCUGAUAUCGAACAGUGGAGUGUCACUCCUCAUAUCCGGCUGAUCAAUAUGUACGGACCUGCAGAGUGCACGAUCAACGCAACAGCAUGUACAUCUGUCACCCCAGGCCCGUUGAGUUCAAGCAUCGGACAUGCCAUGUGUUCUUCAACCAGCUGGAUUGUGGAUCCAAACAACCAUCACAAGUUGCUCCCCAUAGGCGCAGUUGGCGAGCUCAUCAUUCAGGGUCCUAUUGUAGGACGGGGAUACAUCAAUCGUCCGGACCAGACGGAGGCCGCAUUCAUCACACCCCCGGCUUGGCUAUCGCGGUUCAGAGCUGUGGGCACAGAUCAAAGACUUUACAAGACUGGUGACCUUGUAGAAUACGCCCAUGAUGGCUCUUUGCUGUACAAAGGGCGCAAGGACUUCCAGGUCAAGCUACGCGGGCAGCGAUUUGAGCUGGUCGAAGUUGAGGAGCAUCUCCGCCAAACGUUUCCUCAUGCUUCAGAGGUGAUUGCCGAGGUUGGCUCCCUGUACAAAAAUAGAUCUAAGACUCUCGUUGCCUUUGUCCUUUGGGGUGGCGUUUCCGAUCACCAGGCGCUUGACGUGCAGGAAGACAACGAUGCAGACCUGUUGUGUCCUGCAUCCGAAGCAUUUGAUCAUGAAGUCUCCCGCGCAAAAGCUGUUCUCUCUGCGUCACUUCCAAGCUUCAUGCAACCGAUGUUGUAUGUCCCACUGCUUAGCGUCCCACGAUCACGCAGUGGCAAAACCGAUCGUGGACGCUUAAGACGCAUCAUCAGCACGGUUCUUUCAGAGCGGACUGGGCCCAAGAAAGCUCGGAACGAAGUUGUCCAAGCACCCAGGAACAAGUCGGAAACCGCCCUGCUCCAAGCGGUAGCGGAAAUGAUUGGCAUUGGAUCUGAACAGAUUGGCCUUCAAGACAAUUUUUUCCGCCUAGGAGGAGAUUCGGUCACAGCCAUGUCUCUUGUUGGUAUUCUUCGCCAACGCGGAUAUGACCUUACAGUCGCCGAGAUCUUCAAGCAGCCUGUCCUGGGAGUGUUGGCGGAGAAAAUGAGGCCUACUUCUGGUCCAGGCGAGGUGUCUCUUUCGAUUGCUCCGUUCUCCCUUCUGGGGGACAACCCGGCAUUCCAGGAAAAGGUGAUACAGGAGGGAGUUAGCCAAUGCAUGGUGCCACGAUGUGAUAUUGAAGACAUAUAUCCUUGUUCCGCUGUGCAAGGAGGCCUGUUUAUGUACAGUUUCCUGGGAAGGCCGGACAGCCUUGUUGUGACUUGGGUAUACAAAUUGCGGAUGACAACGAACCUCGAAGAUCUCAAAUGCGCAUGGACGAAGACGACACAGGCCCAUCCGAUACUGCGAACUCGUAUCAUUACAAUUGAUGGCGAUAACCCACAGCAGGUACUUUUGCGUGGAUCUCCCGAACUGGAAUUCAUCGACUCGACAGACACACAGCCUGAGCUCCCCAUCACGUUUGCCUCUGGAAGCCCUUUGCUCCGCGCUGCAGUGAUCCGUCGCUCACCUUCUGUCCCUCAAGAUCGCCUGAUCAUCAGUUUGCAUCAUUCGAUUUACGAUGGUUGGUCUCUAGGGUUACUGAUUAAAGAGCUCGAGCGAGCAUAUACCGGCAUCCAGUUACAAACCCGGCCUUUCAGUCCGUUUAUCGACUACGUUGAGCAGACAUACACUCCCGCCUUGGACUUCUGGCGGGAGAAAAUGACUGAUCUACGUGCACCGAUCUUUCCCGCCCUUCCUCCGCAUGUCGGCAAGGCUGACCCCCAUGCCCACAUGAUCCGAUCCGAUGGGCAUGGGCUCGCCUCAUUUCCCUGUACACUGAAAAUCCGGACAUCGUCAUUAUGUUGGUGA